AUGGCGACAGUGGACGAGAUGGAGGCAACUCGGGUGACGAAGGAGGCCUUACAGGACCUGGCGAAGCAGCUGAGCUCAGGCAGAGUGAAUGCAGAUAUCCUGGAGGACGACAUCCCAGAACAGCCACCUGAAUAUCAACCUGAUGGUCGGUAUCCACAGAUGGAGUUCAGUGAUGAAGAGGAUUCGCCUGAGGCACCGGUUGGGCCGGAUGAGUUGAGGAAGGCAACAUCAGUCCUGGAUGACGUGCCCAUGUCAGUCGCCCAAGGUGUACAGAGUGGUCGACACUCGGCCCCUGAUCGGUCAACUCGCCGGAGAGUGGGUCCAGCCCCGGCGGAGGCUUCAUCAAUCCGGGCGACAGUAGCAUCUUCUUCAGCAGAUGACCCGGCGUUGAGGACGGUGAGGCAGAAGAGAGAUUUCUAUGAGGAGGCCUUCAAGACCACUCAGGAACACCUCAAGAAGAUGAAGAAGAAGCUUGAGCCCCAGUCUACCCUCAUCGUAAAGCCAGUCGCUACGUCUCCGGAGAUGGAAGAGUCGGAGCAGAGCGGAGAAGUGGAGGAUGCACUGGUCACUUCCGAGUCGGCAGAUACUAACGUGACCUCAGUCGACUCGCCCUUCAUCGACGUCGACUUGUUCGCCCUGCCUUCGGUGACGGAUGAUGCCGGCCUGCAACAUGAAGUGCCCAGCCAGAUGUUCGUUACAGAUAUGCUUCUGGAGAGUGUUCCGUUGGAGAGGCCGUUCGAUGUGUUGGAGGCCCGAAGCCGGACCCCUCGAGGCUUUAGUCAAGUGGGGAUCCGACGGCAUCCUACUCCGUCGACGAGGGCAAAGGUGACCUCUACAAAAUGGCGCCAGCUGGGUGACGUUCCCGGAAGACUACGACGGCCUUUGACCCAAGCAGAGUUGGUUGAGGCAUACCACAAAGGUGGUUUUGAUGACUUCCACAUCACCCGAGGCCCUGAAGGUGACUACUGGUUGCAUUCCCAUUUCAGCGAGAGCUUUGGAGAGUGCAUAUUCAACCUCGACGACGCAUGUUUGUCCCUGGCGCCAUUCCAGAUGAAGAUCACCCACAGGAUGCUGAACCACUACCUGCUGGAGUUCGCGGAUUACAUGGGCUUCGAACUACGCAGGUGGGAUACUUGGCGCCUUCCAACACCAAAGACUAUAUCCUGGACAACCUCUACUGGAAGGGGUGGAAUACGGCCUUGGACCCUGGCUCGCCAAUGGAGGGGUGUGACCCGUUUUCUGACUUUGGAUCCGAUCCCGGAUCAUCCAGUCCUGGCAACGUGGAUGCAGGGUCGUGCGUUCGUGGAGGAAUUAUGGAGACAUGGACAGAAUGCCUCCCGGGCUUUUCGUGGCUUGCCGGAGGUGAUAGCUGACUCCUCCAUGACUACGAACUAUGUGGAGUUGGCUUUGGAGGUGUUGGCCACCUUUGAGGUCUUUGAGAGCAACAACCCGUUGGUCCAUCCUGACCCGCAUCCACACUGGCGGGGGCGGCAAGAGUUGGCUGAGGAUGACCCGUCACACACCUCUUUGGUGGACAUUCCAAAGCCGCCUACUGGGAAGAUACGACUCGAACUUCAAUGGUCCCAGCUAAGUCCGGCAUGGCAGCAGGCAUUUGAGGAUCCGAUCAAGGAUGCUUUGGAUAUCUACUUCAAACACGAUGCCCUGACCCAUGUCAUGCCGGACGAGAAGAUCUUGGAUGAGGAGGUGCUCCCCAGCAGGUUCGUGCUCGUCAACAAAGCGGACCCGAAGAAUCAGCACCCAGAGGACUCUGACUUGGAGGAGGCCAAGUUGAAGGCACGGCUUGUCAUCGCCGGGCACAAGGAUCAACGUGCUGGUGACUUUGAGACCCAGGCUCCGACAGCUUCCCUCCUGUCCCACAAUUUUUUGUGCUUCGUCGCUGCCCAGUACAAGUGGCGAAUGUUUUUUGCCGACAUUUCAGCGGCAUUCUUACAGGGAGAUUAUCUUCCAGAGGGCCGAAGGGUCUUCAUCCGGUCGCCCAAGAACUACCCGAUGUUUGUCCGGGAGUUCCUCAUGACCAAGAUACCUCCGGGGGCGAGGACGGACCUGUUCCGCAUGAAGAAGGCUGGAUUUGGUUUGGCCGAGAGUCCGAGAUUGUGGUACCAGAGGUUCAAGCGGGACAUCAUGAGCAUUGGCGGUCGUGAGCUAGCCCUGGCGCCUGGGGUGUUCUCGUUUUGUGGACCCGAUGGUCAGAUCUGGGCCCUUUUGGCGGUGCACGUUGAUGAUGUGAGACUGAUCUGCAGUCCAAGAGCCGAAGAAGAUUUGUGGCCAAGUCUGAAGCGGCUUUUCACCUUCGGUGAUUGGGUCCACCCCAAGGACUUUGUGAAGUUCUGUGGCCGCUACGAGAAGCAGAUGGAGGACUUCUCGGUGGUGAUCCAGAUGGACGAGUAUGGCACCAAGAUCAAAGAGCCUCCGGUUCGUGCAGCUGGCCAGACUUUGGAACCUCUUACUCCGAAUGAGAGGUCAUGGAUUGGCACGAUCAUUGGGCAGGUGAGCUGGCUAGCACGACAAGUUCGAGGAGAUUUGCUCUUUGGAUGCUCCCGGAUUCAACAGCUCGCGGGGGUUGGGGAUGCCUCCGCAUUGCAAGAGUUGAAGAUUUUGGUUGAUCGAGCCCGCGUUCCACGACGGCAAGUGUUUCGACACCUGGGAUGCGACCUGGAGACGAUGGUGGUGCUUGGGGUGUCGGACGCAUCCUUCAGUGGCAUGCCGCGUGGAAGAUCGCAAGGCGGUUCAGUUCUUUUGGUGGCCAACCCGACGAUCCUGGAAGGAGAGGCUCGCGUGAAUGUCCUCACGUUCCAUUCAUCGCUGCUCAAGCGGGUGGUUCGAUCAUCAUUGGCUGCGGAGAUUAGUCAGGCAGCCACGGUGAUGGAAGAAGCGGACUUCCUCCGCGCCUUGAUGGCCGAGGCUUUGGAUCCUGCCUUCCAGCUGCGAAAUUGGAUGGCAUCGGUGGCGAAGUGGCGCCAGCUAGCAGUUUUGGAUUCGAGGACAGGAUACGACCUCCUCAACGGCACCUCCCUCGGUGAAGACAAGAGGUUGGCGAUUGACGUCGCCAGCAUGCGACAAGCCUUGCAGGAGGACGGAGCCGCCCGAGCAGUCCGUUGGGUACCAGGAGAAGAGAUCUUGGCCGACGAUCUCACCAAGCUGAUCGGAAACGGUCGGCUCAUGGACGUGCUCGAGGGUGGCUCGUGGGCCUUGAAGGACACCGAGACCGCGAAGCAACUGAGGGCGGACGCGGCGGUCCGGAAGCGGGCGUACCGUCAGCGACGGAACGCUCGAUAG